GGGGUCCAAAAAUCGUAUACUAGGACAGACCCGUGAGUUGACUAUCGCUGCACAACUAAACCCAGAUGAAACAUUAGUUUUCCGAGAUUACAGGUUUAACGAGUAGAGCGUUGAGUAGAAACAACAGUAUUAUGGGAUCAAUCAUCAACACUGCUCUCUGCCUUAUUGGGUUGAACAGUCCUGCUUUAUGUGCUGGAGCAUCGUCAUGGAAAAAUAGAAAGUAUACCCACCUAGAGUCUACGCAGACCAACAACAAGCUCAUCACAGCAAACUCAGACUUUAAAUACUUUGCUCAAGAUCUUGAAAAUGAUCCUGAUUUUGUGAGAAACCUUGAUAAGAUUCUGAUCCCCAGGGUUGUUGGAACUCCAAACCAUCAGAAAGUUAGAAAGCAUAUUGUUGAUACAAUGAAUGGUCUUGGAUGGAAAGUAGAACAGCCCGGGUUCAACGAUGAUACACCAGAAGGAAACAAAAUGUUUACAAACGUGAUAGCAACCUUAGACCUUGAUGCCCCCAGAAGGUUGGUGAUAGCUUGUCAUUAUGAUUCAUUGAACAAACCAGUUGGAUUCCUCGGAGCAAUAGAUUCCGCUGUGCCCUGUGCACAAAUGUUGAACCUAGCGCACACUAUGCAUCAGGAUCUUAAACUACAGAAACUAAAGAAUCCUGAAAUUACAUUACAAUUUAUAUUCUUCGAUGGUGAGGAAGCCUUUGUGAGGUGGACCUCUACAGAUUCCAUAUAUGGUGCUAGAAACCUUGCUGCUAGAUGGGAGGGACAGGAGUACAGUAGAGAUGGGGUAAAUGGAAACCAUAAUGAUAGGAUUGACAUGUUUGUACUUCUUGACCUCAUUGGUACUGCAGAUACACAAUUCACAAAGCUGGAGCAGUCAACAGGUGAUUGGUAUGACCGGUUAGUGAGUAUUGAGCAAAAUCUUCGAAAUAACAGACUCAUCAAUGGAAAUACUAUUUUUAGGGACCAGUCUGUUAAUGCUGGGAUUGAAGACGACCAUAUUCCGUUCAAGCGGCGGAAUGUCCCAAUUCUUCAUCUGAUAAGCACACCCUUCCCAAAGGUUUGGCACACAAUCAAUGAUAACCGAGAAAACCUGAAUUUUGACAGAAUAUCUAGUAUCAGCAAAGUUCUAAGAGUGUUUGUGGCGGAAUACCUACACCUUUCCGCUAAAGAAGAAGAAAAUCAACGAGUUGAGUUUUAACCCAAGUAACAAAAUGUACACUGCCCGGUCACGUGACUGCAAGAGUUUAUGAAAAUCUACGAAAUCUGUCGGAAAACCGGUUUUUUACCAACGAAGAAGAAUGGAAGCUGAUUUUUCAAUUUAUCAUAUAAUCAUAUUUAUCACAUUGAUUUACACAUUGUUUGAUUUGAGUUCUUAUUCUGAAUCGAAAAAUUAGAUUAUAUAAUCAAAUAGCUUGCAGGGCCUUUAUUUUAAAUAUGAAUUAAUUUUGUAGUAAUGAUUGACACGAAAAUUUAGGUGGCUUUCCGUUUAAGUAUUGCAUAGACCAACAGAAAAUGAACCAUUGAUAAGAAAUAAAACGAAUUUUCUAAUAUUGUUUCAUAAAUUUAGGUUUGAAGAUUACUAUCUUAAUGUAUUGCUUAACAUUUCAACUUAAGGCAAACUUAAAUUCACUCUGUUGAUUUCCAGUGAAUAGUUAUUUAUUAAAAAUAUAAACAUGUAAACUGGUGAAAAGGAAUAUAAGGAAAAAGAAAAUUUAAGAAAAUAAAACCUACAUUUUUUUAGCUUUUGUAAAUAAUGCAAAUUAAUUUCAAAAACCUAAUAACUUGCCUUUUUCUUUAUCAGUUUAAUCCCUACAUCUUUUCCAGCCUGGUGUCGUAGACCUUUGAUAUUUCAAACUCUGAUUUGUGUGAAAUCAAAUGGUGAACGUUUGAAAUAUUGAAGUAAAGAUAUUUAGAUUUGAAAAGUUUGUUGGGAGCAAUCAAAUAAUUGGCAUUUUAAUAUUUUUGUCUACAUUAAAAUAAAAACUUCCUUUAUUCAAACCAAUGAGAAUGGAAUGAAAUUGAGUUUUUAUAAUCUUAAAAUUAUUUUUUUAUUAACAUCUGUCUUUAACGUAUUUAUUGUCUUUAACUUUAUCUUACAGAUGAACAAUGUAUUUUUACCUAAUUAUAUUAAAGUGGGAUUUUUCUUGGUUGAUUUUAAUAUGGCUAAUUUUUAUGUACAUUAGCUGGACACAUAUGUAUAUUAUUUGACAGGUUUCCUUGAAACGGCUGAACCGAUCGAGCCAAAAAAAAACUUGAGACAACGACCCAAGGGAAAGUUUUUCCUGGAAAAAUGUCGAACUUUAUAACUUAUAAUCCUGCUGAACAAACACGAGAAAUCCGCAAAAAUUUUAUAACUCGUUAAAAGUUUGCUCCAGAUUUCUAAAAUUUUGGUUUCAUAUAAAAAAGAUAUUAUUGAACGGAAUUCUUAGGGUCUUAGUAACAUUGCCAGCACAUGAAAGGAAGACGACAACCUGGAAAUGCCCUAAUUAAUUCCAAUUCAUUUUGUUUAUUUUCGUUCACUGGAGUCCAAACAUAAAUUCACAAACUUGUAAUAAAGGUUUUACAUUUUAA